ACUGUCGAUACAGAAUAGGACUAAACUAAAACAUGUUAAGAAAAGCCAGCCUUUAGGCUUCAAUUCAAAAAGUUUUCGUCGUAACACAGUCAGUGGCAGAUCAAACACAGCAUGCCAAUUAAAGUUCCACGGGACUAGUCCUAAUAACGGUUUGGCGGAGAAAGAAAACCAUCCUGGUCAACAGGUAGCACCUCGGGUGAAUCUGUAGAGCUUGUCCAAUCAGCAGAGGUUGGUGACUAAACUGACUCGGAAAAUUAAACAUUCUCAAGAAUUUGGAGGCUUUUAAUAUUACUUAUUAUAUGUGGUAGAACUGCUAAAAGUCUAACCUAAAACUGAGUUUAAUUUUUGAGUUUUUUUCUGUUAGUUCGAAGUGCCUCUACCAAGUUUUUUAGCUAAGGUUUAACCAAAUAACUCAAGUAUGUUUGAUAAGUACGAAUUAAUCUCUUAUUAUAACUAUGUGUUUUUCAUUACGGUCCAAGCAUAGUGUUAUUACAUAUUUUUCGAUAGUGGCUAUAAUGGAGCAAAAUUAACUAAUAAUUGAAACGAUCAUCGAGUAUGUAUUUGGAUAUCCUUAUUUUGAUUAAGGCAUUUUCCAAUUGUUAAAAUUUAAGGAAUGUCUAUUGUAAACAUAAUAAAAAAGGCAUCGUGCCGUAUUUUAGGUGGAGAUAAAACUUUCGAAAGAAGCGACAAUUAUGAAGACAACGAAGUUUUAUUUUGCAAAAAUAACGUCUGUAUACAUCCAUUGAUAUCUACAAGGCAGGAUUGUGAACUUAUUCACUAUCCUGGUUAUCUGACUGUAACAACGAAAACUUUUGUUGAUCAAUUUAAUAAAGCUAGCCGAUCAACUUUGCUUCUAACAUGGAUUCCAAAUACUUUACUCUGCAAAUCAAAGUUGGAUGAACAAAAUGUAUUCAGCAAAAGCAAUUCUUUUGAUGGAGAAUUUUUACCAAACAAUAGUAAUUUCAAUGGAUUCAAAUCUGGAAAGCAUGAAAUGCUUUACGGCGAACGCGAAGAAGAAGAGGAUAAUCAAAACGUUGAUAUACAAGAGCUCAAGAAUGAACUGCAACCACUUCUUGGAGAACAUAUGAAUUCAAUUCGCGACCUAAAUGCAUUACUCGAUAGAAGUCACAUUACAUCUGUUAAUAUUACGAUUUCUAGUCCACAUAUUGAAAACUCUAAUCUUAAACAUUCAAUACAUAAUGUUGUCACUAAGGUUAACAAAACAUAUUUUAACCAUGAAUAUUAUAUUUCCGAUGAUGCAAAUAUCUGUUGUGCUGCUCCAGAUUUAUUGCCAUCACAAUAUAAACCGAAUAUAUGUGAAGUCAAUUCGUUCACUCAAAACUUAAUUUGUCGGCGAUUUUCUGUUGAUCUUAGUCAAAUGCGUUCUUUGCGUUUAUUUUUCAAUGACGAUAAUUGUACAUUCGGACAACUUGUAAUUGCUUCAAGGGAAUCUCAAUAUAAAAUACUUCACUUUCAUCAUGGCGGAUUGGACCACUUAGCUCAGGUUCUUCAUCAAUGGCACGGUUUUAUGCACAAUAUUGCGUUUACGUCAGGCCCGAAACUACAAAAUUUGCCAUACCGCCAAUUUAUGGUAUGUCGCCCAGAUAUAAAGAAAAGUGAAUUGCAUCCUGAUGAAGGCAACGUUAGAAAAAUAACAACUAAUUUUUUUUAUGGAACAUUGCUUAACAUAAAAGGUCAAAUAGAGGACGAUUUACUACUUCGCAAAUGUGUCUUCUUUGGUGGCUUAGAAAAAAGUUUGCGUCGAACUAUAUGGCCAUUUUUAUUGAAGUGUUAUUCUUAUUCAUCCACAUUUGAUGAUAGAGCUGUUCUCAUGGAUAUAAGAAAGCAGGAAUAUGACGAAAUAACUCGAAAACGCUUAUACUCAAUGUCGCCAGAGGAACAAAUUCAUUUCUGGAAAUCUGUGCAAUGUGUUGUUGAGAAAGACAUUGCCAGAAUAGACCGCUCAAAUGCAUUCUUUUAUGGGGAUGAUAACCCAAAUAGAGAAAUCAUGAAAAAUAUUCUUCUAAACUAUGCCUUUUAUGCAGGAACAACUUACUCUCAGGGAAUGAGUGAUUUACUAGCGCCAGUAUUAUGCGAGGUACAAAAUGAGUCGGAAACAUUUUGGAGCUUUGUAGGUUUAUUACAACGUUCUUUAUUUGUAUGUGCACCUACGGACACUGAUAUUGAACGUAAUCUGAAUUAUUUAAGAGAACUCAUCCGUAUUAUGUUACCACGCUUCUAUGAACACUUACAAUGUCAUUGUAGUUCUAUGGAACUGCUGUUUUGCCAUCGUUGGUUGAUUCUGUGUUUUAAACGAGAAUUCACUGAAUCAGUAGCCAUAAGAAUGUGGGAAGCGUGUUGGUCUAACUACCUUACCGACUAUUUUCAUUUGUUUUUAUGUUUGGCCAUUAUUGCAGUUUAUGCCGAUGAUGUAGUGGCUCAAGACCUCUGCGCAGAUGAGAUGCUGCUUUAUUUUAGUUCACUUGCAAUGUACAUGGACGGUCAGUUAAUCCUUCAGAAAGCCCGGGGUAUGUUAUACCAAUAUCGCCAGUUGUCAAAAAUUCCUUGCACUUUAAGCGGGUUAUGUAAAAGAUGUGGACCUGGUAUGUGGGAUUCUGAACACUGUCCAGCAUUGGAGUGUGUAGGACAUUCGCAAGACGACAAAUGCCCACUUGAUAUUGACUAAACUAUGUUCUUUACAUUGACAUAAAUUACUAAACUCUAGUCAUUCUUACAUAAUACGCUUUUAGCUUUAUCCACACGGAUUUGACGCUUACAUAGCAAAGAAUUUGUAUUAUUAUUUAUAUAAGGAAUUAUUUCGCUUGAGCUUUGAACAAGCAUGUAUUUGUUAAUAAAAAUUUACUGUUGUGUUACAUGUAUGAAAGUGGACAUGUGUUGUGUAUUAAAAUAAAAAAUAUUAUGAGC